AUGCCACUAGGCUCUAGUGCUGACAGCUCUGCAACAGCCUUCACUGUGCGACCUGAAGCGAACUCCGUCCAGCUACACUGGGCCUUGCACCAUCAGACACACCUCGGAACUGCCAUCCAGGACCAGCCGACAUCCAGAAGCCCUCCAGCUCACUCGAUAUCCAACCACUUCAACAUGGAGACACGUCCACCCCCAGCAGCCCCACCGCCUUAUAUUCAAGCAGUCAACCGGUAA